AUGGUGCUGUCGGCGGCAGACCAGGCGGCCGUGCGCGCUCUGUGGAGAAAGCUGGGUAGCAACGUCGCCAUCUACACUACGGAGGCCCUGGAGAGGACCUUCCUGGCCUUCCCCUCCACCAAGACCUACUUCCUCCACUUGGACCUGAGCCCCGGCUCCACCCAGAUCAAAGCCCACGGCCAGAAGGUGGCCGACGCGCUGACCCUGGCCGUGGGCCACAUGGACGACCUGCCCAGCGCCCUGUCGGCUCUGAGCGACCUGCAUGCGCACAAGCUCCAAGUGAACCCCGUCAACUUCAAGCUCCUGGGCCACUGCCUGCUGGUGACCCUCGCCCGCCACUACCCCGGAGACUUCAGCCCCGCCCUGCAGGCCUCGCUGGACAAGUUUCUGAGCCACGUGACUUUGGCCCUGGCCUCCAACUAUCACUAAACUAGGGGCGGGCAGUCGCGGGACACCCCUGCCUUCCUUUCCUGAGACGUUCCAGUGUUAAGAGUAAAGGCCACGAAAGAAAGCCUCAGCCUGCGUGCGUGCAUGUGUUCCCUGGGUGGGCGCCCUGAGGCGUUUGGUACCCUGG